CUUCCGUGAAGCAGGUCGCCCCGGGGGGUUGGCUGGGUGAGCGCUUUGACUGGGCGUGAGGCCGCCCCUGGCUGGAGGAUGGACCCUCAGGUGGACCCUCCGCUGGAGGCCGGGGGCUGCCUGGUAAUGAAAGCGGAGCCGGACCCCGGGUGGGCGUCGGAGCCGGUUCAGGAAGGGCCGGCGGGCUCUGGAUCCGAGACCUUUCGCCAGCGCUUCAGGCAGCUCUGCUAUGAGGAUGUGCGGGGGCCCCACGAGGCGUUCAGUCAACUCUGGGAACUUUGCUGCCGGUGGCUGAAGCCAGAAACGCGCUCCAAGGAGCAGAUCCUGGAGCUGCUGGUCGUGGAGCAGUUUCUCACCAUUUUACCCGAGAGGAUUCAGGCGCGGGCGCAGAAGCAGUGCCCGGAGAGUGGCGAGGAGGCGGUGGCCCUGGUGAUACACUUGGAGAAAGAGGCUGGGAGACUAAGGCAGCAGGUUUGCAGCCCUGUGCACUCAGAGAAGCAAGCCCCCCUUGCAGCAGUGUGGGAUGUGGCAGAUUUUCUGCCGGAGACCCAACCCAGAGUGAUGUCCCGGGAAGAAGCUGGAAGCCUGCACUCAGGACACCAGGAGCAGCUGACCCCAAAGAGAGAGCAUCGGCCUCUACCCAAGAAUGCUCGGCCUUCCUCCUGGGUUCCCAUCCCUGCUGAAGAAUGGAACACCAUAGAUCAGGAAGUAGCAACCACGAAACUUUCUGUCGGGUCUCAGGGACCAGUGAAAGAUGUCCACAUCGCAAGAGGUUUUUCCUACAAGAACAGUGUGCGUCAGAUUCCUGCUCACAGAGACCUCUCCCGGGAUAUUAGGGAGGAGAGUGCUGGGAACAUGGUCUCCCUGGGAAGUGCAGUAUCUACUAACAAGAGAGCCCAGGUGGAGCAAAGAAAGGAGCCGUGGACCAUAGGUCUACAUUCUUCUAAUAAAAGGAAUAUUCUGCGAAGCAGCUACAUCAAGGAAAAGUCAGUUCAGGCUCUUCAGAUUCCUACAAGGAAUACAGGGAAGAUGCGGAAAGAGCAGCAACAGUCUUCUAAAUGGGGCUUAGAAGAUGAAAAGAUAGCAGGCGUGCAUUGGAGCUAUGAGGAAACAAAGACUUUUCUCACAAUUCUCAAAGAGUCUCGCUUUUAUGAAACACUUCAGGCUUGCCCCCGAAAUAGCCAGGUGUACGGCGCUGUAGCUGAAUGGCUGCGAGAGUGUGGCUUUCUCCGAACCCCGGAGCAGUGUCGGACCAAGUUCAAGAGUCUCCAGAAGAGCUACCGAAAAGUGAGAAACGGCCACAUGCUCGAGCCCUGUGCCUUCUUUGAGGACAUGGACGUGUUAUUGAACCCUUCAGCUCAUGUGCCAUCCACUGACAAGCCAAAGGAGACUGUGUCUCUCCCUAGACUAAAGAGGAUUGGUGUCAGUGCUAAAGACCAGGUCAGUCUGAUGGAGGAGGCAGAAGCCAUAGGAGAAUCUGAUGGUGAGGAAACAGGCAUCGAAUUUGUCCGGAAGUCUGAGAUUCGUGGUACCCCUGUCUUGUUUCAGAACCUGAGUGGUGUACACUGGGGCUACGAGGAGACUAAGACUUUUCUUAAUAUCCUCCAUGAGACUCGGUUUUAUGAAGCACUUCAGUCCUGCCAUAGAAAGAGCAAAUUGUAUGGGGCUGUGGCUGAACAACUGCGGGAGUGUGGGUUCCUCCGGACACCAGAACAGUGUAGGACCAAGUUCAAAAGCCUUCAGAAGAGCUACCGUAAAGUGAAAAAUGGGCAUGUGCUAGAGUCCUGUGCUUUCUACAAGGAAAUGGAUGCGCUGAUAAACUCUCGGGCACCUGUCCCCUCCACCAGCAUCCCAGAAGGAGUCCCACCACCCUCAAGGCAAGAAAGAGAGGAUAUUGAGAUUGAACCCCAGGAAUCUACAGGCUGGGAACCUGAGGAGACCUCACAAGAGACAAUAGUAGAAGAUUCUGACAGCGAGAGAAUGAGUGAUGAGGAAAUUGUGCAAGAGUCAGAAUUCCAGGGACCUUCAGGUCUACUGCAAAGCCCAAGUGAUUUCAAAAUUGGAGGUAGUAUCAAGGAGAAUGCAACACAGGUAAUAUAUAAGGACAUGGAGCAGCACAGGGCAUUAAUAGAGAAGUCUAAAAGAGUUGUUUCCCAGAAUACUGAUCCAGGUAAAUAUCAUAAAAAGGAAUGCAUCUCAGGAAGACAAUGGGAAAACUGUCAAGGAAUUAGACAGGGAAAGCUGAUGUCUCAGCCUAGAGAUUUAGGGAAAGCUGUAGUGCAUCAGAGGCCUUUCAUGGGGAAGAGACCCUAUAGACUUCUCAAGUACGGAGAAAGCUUUGGAAGGAGUGCCCGUCUUCUGAGCCGGAUGACCCACCAAAAGGAAAAUUCUUAUAAGUGUAGUGUCUGUGGGAAGUGCUUUGGUAGAAGCAGGAGCCUCAUCAGACACCAAAGAAUCCACACAGGAGAAAAACCUUUUAAAUGUCUCGACUGUGGGAAAAGCUUUAAUGACUCCUCAAACUUUGGUGCCCACCAGAGAAUCCACACAGGGGAGAAGCCCUACAGCUGUGGUGAGUGUGGGAAGUGCUUUAGUCAGAGCUCGAGUCUCAUCAUACAUCAGCGAACCCACACAGGCGAGAAACCCUAUCAGUGUGGAGAGUGUGGGAAAAGCUUCACCAACAGUUCUCAUUUCAGUGCCCACCGCAGGGUCCACACUGGUGAGAAUCCCUACAAAUGCAUGGAUUGUGAGAAGAGUUUCAGUAAUGGUACACGAUUUCGAGAACAUCGGAGAAUGCACACUGGAGAGAAGCCCUAUGGGUGUGCCCACUGUGGCAAACAUUUCAGUAAGAGUUCUUUUCUGACCAAACAUCGGGAGGUCCAUGUGAGAGAAAAGCUCCUGCCGCAUCAUCCAUCCGUGUAUUCCCCAGAGAACCCACAUAAGGGGAGAACUGAGGACUUCAGGAAGACUUUUUGAUGACGAUCUCUGUCUCAAUGUCCCUUUAGCUGUCCUACCCUGAUCUCACUCUUGGGAGAUUGUCUUAGCUAUACAGUGUAAUUCCGAAGAUAAGCUUGAGAAUACAAAUAAACUAAAGACUUGGAUCCUCUUCUCACCUCUGCCCCUAACUCGACAGCCCAUCCCUCUCCUUCCCUUUGUCUCAGCUUCUCCUUUAAUAAAGGGAGACAUAAUCUGAGUUCUGAAGGGAGCUCUUGUAUGUCAAGACUACUGCUCUGGGAUUGCUGUGUCCAGCAACAUUCGAGAUCCUUCCAUGUAGGUGAGAGUUGUUUUCAAGGACAUGAAAAUCGCUGAAAGAUUUUUUUCGUUAUCUACCACAUGAGAUCCUGGAUGCAGCUUGCCCACAGAGUUUCAUGUUUGGAUAGAACUUUCAGGAGUCCUAUAGCAAAUCUGUUUUGGUAUUGAAGAUAGUCACAAAGGAGGCUGAAGAUGUUAUAACUUCCAUCAGAAGUCUGUUACAGUGUACCUUUUUUGUGUCAAGAAGUUGAUCUGAAUAGCUAGGGUAGAAUCCCUGUGUUGCCCCUGAAGUCAUGUUAGCAAUGUCUUGCCUUCCAUAGAGAUGAGAAGCAACUAAUCGCCCAUAAUCCUCUGUGUACCAACCUUUUCUGUCCCUGAAGACUGAGUCCCCCUGGUUGCUGCUUUCCGGCCUAUAAGAAUCCAGUUCCUGUUAUCGUUUCCCAUACAUCCUACACUUACCUCUUCAUGUUCCGGGUGCUCUUGUCCAGCUCUUCUGAGCUAUCACAUCCGCUUUGGAUUGACUAGGCUGCAUGCUCAUGGUGUCUCAUUGAAGUAAAGUAGGGUUUCAGACACAAUCUAGUUCUCCCCUGUAACCUCUCCAGUUCUUACCUAGAGCAUAAUGUGUGUCAGCGUAUUUAUGCCUCCCAACCCCACACUUUAGUGUAAUAUUAUGUAAUCAUAGUUUUAUAAAAUGUUAAGGGGGUAGAAAGAAGUAAUAUUUCUAAAACCAGUCAGACUCCUCAGGCCUGCUUUAGAUCAGAUAGCCACUUCCAUCCAGACCAGUACCUCCAGGGCUGUUUGUCAAAUACUCUCUUUCCUGAGGCUUCUGGACUCUAUUUAUAGGGUCAUGACCCUCACUGUAGAACCCUGAGUAAUUUAUACAAUUCUAUAGAUCAUUGAGUAAAAGCAGAAAUAUUUGCAGAAACUACCAAUCCAGAACAUGUUAGUGUUUUAUUCAUUUACCUGUUUUUCUGAAAAAUCUUUUUGAUAAUCCCCUAGCACUAGCCUAAUAAAUAGUGAAUGAAAGGUUCAGAUAGAUGGGCAGUUCAUUCAUUUCUGGAAGUUAGAUGAAACCCAGGAAUUUGGUGAUCCAAGGCUGCUUGCUUUGGGAGGGAGAAGUCAUAGUUUGGUGGAAAGAUAACCAGAGUCAGGGCUGUGGAUAGACUCUUCUAAUCUGAUCUCUCCUUUGCCAUAUGCUCUCUUAUUUGAACACAUCUGGAGAUAACAUUUUUCCUUUGUGUUUGAACCUGUUGAAACUUGUUCAGCAGAGUACCAAGAAGGGUAGGCAGUUCCGGUGCCUGCAUAGGGUGCAACCUGCUGGAAGGCAGGUGACUCAGGUAAACAUUGAUAAAUGUUCAUUUAUAUUUUGGAAAUGUUAUGCUUGUUCACAUCUGAAUAGAUUCAUUUCCUCUGUUUGAUUUUUUUUCUCUUUUAUUAAUCAUUUUUAUUUUUCAAUUCUAGUUGACAUACAUUAUAUUGGUUCCAGGUGUAUGUGUUGUCUGAAUCAUAGACUUUUAAUGGUAAGUGCAGCUUCAUGUUGGUAGAGUGCCUAGCGCAGUAAGAUGUGUUAGUGCCAGUGGGCGUGUGCUUGUAUCAUGUAGACAUUCUGGAAUCCCAGUUCUAGAGAAGGUGCACGUUAAUAGAAGUCACCACUUAGUAAUACAUACACAGGAUUGAUAAUUAUAUCAACUGACAUAUGAUUCAGGAAAGGUGAUUUAUUCAUAAAUAUUUGUUAAGCACCAUUUUGUGUUAACACCAGGUUCUAGGCACAGUGAAGGAUAUGAAAACGAAAACAGAGGCAUGAUGCCUGUACUCAGUGAACUUGAAAUAUGGUAGAGGAAGUAUUGCAGCAAAAGGUAAUGCCAGUUACAGGCAAGUUAUAAAGGUCAGUGACUCAGUCAUGAGAAAACCACCUUCACUUGCAAAGGAGUUUUCCUAACUUAAUAAAACCAUGUUCUUUACCCAUCUCAGACUUCCCUAGUGGCAGAGAGGCUCAUACCCAGCCCGUCUCCAGUGGGACAGACUGAUUCUGCUUUAGUCUCAGAUCUGGGAUCAAGCUCAGGUGGAGUUUGGGUUCCCCCACUGAUACUCCUGAUUGCAGGUGGGCUGCUGAGACAUAAAUUAAUGGUGUUUGUCUCUUUCCUGAGGAGAGGGAAGGUCCUGCCCACCAUUCAGCAAGACUCCUUGUGUUUUAUCCUUUCUCAGCUGGAGCAUGAAAGUCUGCGUGAGUGAGGUUUUUUCUGUCACAUAGCACUGCCUUUAUGACAAUCCGGAGAAGGCUUGUUUUAGAGUUCAGUGCCAGGAAAGCAGCUCUAAUCCUAAGCACAAAAAAAAAGUUAUCUUUAAAAAACACUGUGAUUUUUAUAACUUCCUGUUUUUUCCCUUUUUGUUCUUGCUGCUGGAAAGCUCAACAAAAUUUACAACCCACCAUAACCAACUACCUAAAACCUAUAUUUAUUUAAUCCUGUCUUCUUUCUUUGAAAAUUGUCUCAAAUGCUAUGUUUUUAAGUGGUAUAAAUAAACAGACUUUAUUUUCUGACACCAUACCCAAGGCACUUGGGAAACUGGCUUGUGUUCCCUGGCUGGGCUUGUUACUCACAGAUACCUCCAGUUCUUACUGUUGACUUUAUUACACAUACAACCUCAUUUAUUCACCUGGAAGGAAACCUCAUUCUUCAAGAGGAAAACCUCACACAUAUAUUUACACAGCUCAGGCCGUCUGCCUUGGUGGAGUGAGCACUGGACCAGAAGCGAAAAGAGACACGUUUUAGUCUUGUUACGGCCACUUACUGUCGUUGGACAGAUCAUAGCCUCUCUCUGGGCCUCGGCUCCUUAUCUGAAGAGGCUGAAGAUUGCCAAGACUGCUCCGGCUCUGAUGUUCUGUGAGGCUGUGGGGCACGUGUGGGUGGGGAAGCGUUUGUAAGACCGGGCUCCCUGGGCUGGCUCUCAGCUGCACACAGUCCCUGCCACACUGAGCCACUUCCCACUGCAGGCAGAGGGGUGCUGUGCACCGUCCAGGAGCCUGCUCAGUAGAGAAAGAGGUCAUGAGUGUUCCCCUGCAGGCACCCCUGAGUCACCUUGAUAGCCAUUUGCAGGUAGCUAGCUGAGUAAAGAAAGCCUGUCUUGUGAGGUCUGGGGCCCAGUGACAGACAAGACUCAACGGUGAGGGAGCUGGGGCAGUCGCAGUGCCAGUAGUGUCCGAUGACUGGUGUAGCUACAAGCCUUCGCCUCGGUCUGAAUUUAUUCAAGUACAAGUGUCUUUAUGUUCAUAGUUUUUAUAUUGAUGUUCACUUAGAUGUCUUCUUGAAAACCUGUAUGUGAAAUAAAUGUCUGCAGUAAAUGA